CUUUAGGACCACCCAAACCAGUGGACAUUUGAGAGCCGACUCUGUAGUUGUUGUGGUCUUAUCUACAGCCAUGGCAAUUCAGAAGAAGCACGGAAAGGGUCGUCUCGACAAAUGGUACAAACUAGCCAAAGAGAAGGGAUACCGAGCCCGUGCAGCAUUCAAGUUGAUCCAACUGAAUAAGAAAUAUGGCUUCCUCGAAAAGUCAAAGGUCCUCCUCGAUCUCUGCGCCGCCCCAGGGUCAUGGUGUCAAGUUGCUGCAGAGACCAUGCCGACAGGCAGUCUCAUCAUUGGCGUCGACCUUGCACCCAUCAAAGCCAUUCCUCGAGUCAUUUCCUUCCAGAGCGAUAUUACUACAGACAAAUGCCGAGCCACCAUCAGACAACACAUCAAACAUCUCAAGUGUGAUACGGUCUUGCACGAUGGCGCCCCCAACGUUGGUGUCGCUUGGGUGCAAGAUGCAUUCUCCCAGGCAGAACUCGUUUUACAGUCUAUGAAGUUGGCCACUGAGUUUUUGAAAGAAGGAGGUACAUUUGUAACAAAGGUGUUCCGAUCCAAGGAUUACAAUGCCCUUCUAUGGGUGUUCAAGCAGCUUUUUACAACGGUCGAAGCAACCAAGCCUCCUUCAUCGAGAAAUGUCUCGGCCGAAAUAUUUGUCGUCUGUAGAGGCUUCAAAGCACCUAAGAGACUUGAUCCUAAAUUCCUCGACCCCAAACAUGUCUUUGCAGAACUACAAGCUCCCACUCCCAAUAACGAAGCCAAAGUCUUUAAUCCGGAGAAGAAGAAGCGGAAACGAGAAGGCUACGAGGAAGGAGAUUACACUCAGCAUAAGGAAGUCCCCGUGAGCGAAUUUAUCCACACCACUGAUCCUAUCGCCAUCCUCGGCACAGUCAACAAGUUGAGUUUUGAACAAACGGACAACGGUGAUUUGGCACUUGCAACUCUAGACCGAUUGCCAGAGACCACAGCCGAGAUCCGCCAGUGUUGCGCUGAUUUAAAAGUCUUGGGCAAGAAAGAGUUCCGCUCAUUACUCAGAUGGCGUCUCAAAGUCCGGGACAAGUUCGGCAUGUCGAGCAAAGCACUAAAGGCGCAAGCAGAGGAGGCCCAAAAGCCACAAGACAGAGGUGGCGAGGGAGAUGAGGUAGCAGAGGUAGAGUCGAUGGACGAGGAACUCAAGGUCCAGGAAGAAUUGCAACGCAUCAGGGACAUGAACACCAAGGAAAAGAAAAAAGAGCGUCGCAAGGAGAAUGAGCAGAAACGCAAGGAGAUCAUCAGAAUGCAGAUGCACAUGACAACCCCGCACGACAUAGGACUUGAACAACAAGGUCCCGCAGGCGAAGGGUCCAUGUUUCAAAUCAAAUCGGCAGAAAAAGCAAAGGACCCGACCAGAAUUUCCACAGGAAGGAUGGAAGAUGUAGAAGACCUCGACUCGGAUGAUUCAGAGAUGGAAGAAACCGACGAGGAUUCUGACGAUGACGGCGACCGGUUGGAGCGAGAGCUUGACGCCAUGUAUGAAUCCUUCCAAGAAAAGAGACAAGAGAACGAUGCCAAGGCUAGGGCGAAGAAGGCGAGAAAGGAAAAGGAAACAGACGAAUGGGGAGGUCUGUCAGAUGAAGACAAAGAAGAAGGCGCUGAAACUGAUGGAGAGUUUGAUGAUGAGGAUGGUUACGGGAUGCAUCAACUCCCAUCUGCUGAAGGCCUCUCAAUGAAAGCGGCCAUGUUCUUUGACCAAGAUAUCUUUCAAGAUCUGGGAAUUGAAGGAGAUCAAGAAGACAACGAUAGUGCGAUUGAACUGGAAGAUGAAUCGUCCGACCAAUCAGGAACAAAAACUGGGGCCAGCAAAUCGACUAAGCCAACAGCAGGAGCGACCGCAAAACCUCUCAAGUCAGCUUUGAAAUCGUCCGGCAAAUCUGCAGCGGAGGAGUCUGAUUCAGAAGAUGAGAGUGUGAUUCCAUCGGCUACGGUGCCAUCAAAUCGACCGGAGGACCCUCUCCUCCCCAACGGUCAACUUGAUGUGGACAUCAUCACGGCAGAGGCCAUGACUCUAGCGCAGUCAUUGGCGACUAAAAAGGUCAAAGCAUCCGAUCUUAUUGACGACGGGUUCAACAAGUACACGUUACGUGAUACGGAUGGUUUACCAGAGUGGUUUUUGGACGAUGAAAACCAUCAUUCGAAGCCCCAUCGACCCAUCAGUGCCGCCGCAGCGGCAGCAAUCAAGGAAAAGCUACGAGCGUUGAACGCCCGGCCGAUCAAAAAGGUGAUGGAAGCCAAGGGAAGGAAGAAGAUGAGGGCGGCAGCACGUCUAGAAAAGUUGAAGAAGAAAUCGGCAUUGCUGAUGGAGGACGAAGGAGUCAGCGAGAAGGACAAGGUUGGCAUGAUUGAGAGGAUGAUCAAGAGAGCAACCAAGAAGGGGAAACCCAAAGAAAAGGUCAAGUUGGUGGUUGCACGUGGUGGCAAUCGCGGUAUUGCUGGUCGACCUCGAGGCGUCAAAGGCAAGUACAAGAUUGUGGAUCCCCGAUUGAAGAAGGAUGUCAGGGCCGAAAAGCGAUUAAAAAGAAAGUUGAAGAAGUAGCGCAUAUUGACAUGAGAUAUGAUGAUGAUGAAUAUUUUCUGGAGAGCAAUAGCCAGGCUGUGAAGCCAUGUCUUUCUUUCUCAUGAGUCUGGUAGAUACCUUACUUAAG